AUGCACUCUAACAUCCUUUUAUCUAUUCCCGCGUGGCAGGAGCAGAUCAUUAGCCACAUAGUCCCGGAACAGAUUCGAGUGGUGCUUUUCCAUGGCCAUACGAGAGACAGAUUGGCCAAGUCUCUGAUGGAGCACGAUGUUGUUCUCACCACUUACGGAACACUACAGUCUGAAUGGAGGUCAAAGAAAGGAGAUUCUCCUCUAUUCACACAGACAUGGGCACGAGUCGUUCUCGACGAAGCCCAUCAUAUUCGUGAGCGGUCCACAAAAACGUUCAGGGCCGUCACUGCCUUACGAACCAGUCGAAGAUGGUGCCUUACUGGCACGCCCAUACAAAACCGUCUCGACGACUACGGGGCUUUACUAAGUUUCAUCGGAAUCCCACCAUUCAUCAGUAAAUCAGUAUUUGACUUUUGGAUAAUGAAGCCGGUCGCCCAGGGCACUGCUGAGGGACUCAGAAGGCUGAAACUACUUGUUAGUUCCACUUGUCUCCGCAGGACCAAAGACAGUGUGAGUGAAACCCUGAAUCUUCCUGAUCGCAAGGUACACGAGUGUGUCAUACAGCUGGAUCCCGACGACAGAGAGCUGUAUGAUUUCUUCGGGAGACACGCUUCCCACUUGAUUGCCAACAGAGGGCUUGGCGACUCAAAUGCUGCUCAAAGAACGGGGAGUAUCCUUCCGAUCAUCAACACCCUAAGACUCAUCUGCAAUCAUGGAGAGAGGCUUCUUCCGAAUUUUGCGGUUGAGGCCUGGAGCCAUCGGCACAACCCAGCCUCGCAUUCGAAUUUUCCUACAAGCAAGUUUGGGCUUUGCCUUUCUUGCGGGAUGGAAGCAUCAACUAACGAGAUGCAAUCGGAAUUCGCGUGUUCUCAUUUCCUUUGCUCCAAAUGCGCAGACUCAGACGAAACCUAUCAACUGUCACUCGAUAGCGUUCUCUGUCCAAGCUGUACCAAGAAUGGGGAUUCAGUAGGUACUGACGCAGCCACUGAAGAGCGGAAUUACCGACCGUCUGCCAAGAUAAGAGAAGUCAUACAAAGUCUUCGUGCUGAGCAACAGGACAACCUGCCCACCUUUGGUGAUAAACCUAUUAAGAGCGUUGUGUUCACGUUUUGGAGGAAAAUGCUAAACCUGCUUGAAAUUGCCCUACGGGGCGAGGGCUUCAAGUUUGCGAGAAUAGACGGACAAAAGUCUUUGCCAGAAAGGACUUUGGCAUUACAAUCAUUUCGCGAUGACGACAGGUGCACGGUGAUGAUUGCCACGAUAGGAAGUAUCGGCGAGGGGGUCGACCUGACCGCCGCCAACUUCGUACAUCUGGUUGAGCCGCAUUGGAACCCAAUGCUUGAGGAGCAAGCACUAGACCGAGUGCAUAGAAUGGGUCAAAAAAGAGACGUCGUUGCGACCCGUUACAUUACGAAUGACUCGAUAGAGAUGAUGGUUAAAGAUGUCAAGGAGAGAAAGUUAGAUAUCAUCAAUAGCUCCUUGGGUCACAUAACCGUUCUAGGUGAUAACAAGAAUUAG